CGCAGGCAGGCAUAGCGUUCACAGAAAUUUCAUCUCGGUUCUGCUUCCCGUGUCCCUUGUUGUAGGCAGAAGCUGCAUGCUGUGAGAUGAAGUUUCAGUGAAGAUGAAGGUUCUCUCGUUCUGCCACAGCUCCGGAUUCAGCUCCUCUUUGCUUGGUUUUGUUAUUUAUUUUAUGACUUUUUAUGUUCACAAGUUGAAAACAGCUCAGUUUAAAGUGAUUGGACCUGAACAGCCUGUCACAGCCAUUGUGGAUGAGGAGAUAGUGUUACUCUGUCACCUGUCCCCCAGGAUGAGUGCUGAGAACAUGGAGGUGACAUGGUUCCGGUCCCAGCUGUCCCCAUUUGUGCAUCACUAUAGUAAUGGAAAGGACCAAUAUGGGCAGCAGAUGCCGGAAUAUCAGGGGAGGACAGAGCUCUUGAAAGAUGGUCUCGCCAAUGGGAGUGUUGCCUUGAGAAUUUUCAGUAUCAGACUCUCUGAUGAAGGACAGUACAGCUGUUUUGUUCAAGAUGGUAUCUUUUAUGAAGAAGCCCGAUUGGAACUAAAGGUGGCAGCUUCAGGCUCUGCGCCUCACAUCUCUGUUGAGGGUUACCAGGAUGGAGGGAUCCGACUGGUGUGCCGAUCGGCCAGAUGGUACCCAGAGCCCGAGGUGCUGUGGAGAGAUCUCAAGGGACAGCCCUUACCUUCAUCCUCUCACACAAAUUCCCGAGAAGCCAGUGGCCUGUAUGAAACACAAACUUCUAUCAUUCUAACAGAACAUUCAAAUCAGAACUUGUCUUGUUUGGUCAGGAACACCCACCUCAGCCAAGAAAAGGAAUCAACAUUAUUUUAUAUAUCAGAUCCUUUUUUCCCAAAGGUGAAUCCCUGGAUGGUGGCGAUGUGUGUGAUCCUGGUGGUUUUGUUUGGUUCCUUUGUCCUUAGUCAUUACCUCUUCAAAAUCAAAGAGAAACAAGCAGUGGAACUUCGGUGGAGAAGAUUUGUGGUACCUAUAGAAGAAGCAAAUGUGACUCUGGAUCCAGAUAUGGCUCAUCGUGACCUCGUCCUCUCUAAGGAUCAGAAAAGUGUGAGAUGGGGAGACACACGGCCGGAUCUGCCCAACAACUCUGAGAGAUUUGACUCUGUGCUCUGUGUGCUGGGGUGUGAGGGAUUCAACUCGGGGAGACAUUGCUGGGAGGUGGAGGUGGGGGAUGGGCAAUACUGGGCUGUGGGGGUGGCCAGAGAGUCUGUGAGCAGGAAGGGACGGAUUGAGCAUAACCCUGAGACGGGGAUCUGGGCUGUGCAACUGUGGGGGGAUGAGUUCCGGGCCCUCACUUCCCCUAUAACCCUCCUGCCCCUGAGCCAAGUCCCCAGCAGGAUCUGGGUUUGUCUGGACUGUGAUCAGGGGCAGGUGACAUUUUUCGAUGCUGGUAAUGAGACCCUGAUCUUCACUUUCCCACCCGCCUCUGUCCCUGGGGAGAGAAUCCGACCCUGGGUCUGGCUGGGGUGGAGAGCCCAGCUCAGACUGUGUCCCUGAGACAUGUGGGGGAGGGAAUAUCCAACUGUGGCUAAAUAAUGAAAGCCUGAUGGGAGCAGGGGUUUGGGCCCACAGGGUGUCCCAUCUCUCAGGUGGGUUCGCAAACCACAGGACACUGUCAUAAAAUAAGAUUGUUAAAAUAAAUAAUUAAAAGAUGUGGAACUACAUUUCCAGGGGGGUUCAGAAAAGAGAGGCCAGUUCAGACAAUCAGAACAGCGGAUAAGACAAAUUUUUGAGCUACUAUGAGACUCCAUGCAGACACGUUACAGCACCGGAAACUGACCAGGAAUUCUUUGAAACAGGGAAAACACUUGUAAAAAGUAUCAAUUUGUUUUAUGAUGGGGUGUGUGUGUGUGUAUGUGUGUGUAAACUGUUUCCCUGAAUCAAAUCCCCUUUGGCAGCUCAGUCCACCACUUCAGCUAGAGAAGAGCUGUGGUACCUGAACAUUGGGCCGCACAGGCCUUUUAACACCACAGACCUGGGGAAGGGGGUGCUGAGAUGGACCAUCCAGUGAGAAACACAAGUCCUUCUACCACCCACACCCUAUUUUGAAACUGUUGCUGAUACAACUGUUGCCCAUCUGUGCUAACUUUUAUCCCCUCCUGCCUCUCCCUAUUCAGGGGCUUUCCCUUCUGCGCCUAUCUGGCAGUGCAGCUCACCCCAUCUGAACCCUAGCUCCUGUCCCCAGUUUUGUCCAUUUGCCUCUCUUCUUCCCCUCCUUGAAUCUGUUGUACCCUCCUCUGGAUGUAUUUUGGCCCCUGUAAAAAUUCUGCCCAUCCAGCCCCUCCGAUUUCUCCCCUUGAGCCCAGGCCUGGAUUAACCCAUAGACUAUAGCUUUAGGCCCUAAUUUUUAGGCCCUACUGUAGGCCCUCCAGCUGAGUGACGGUAGUGAGGCCAUCGGAAUUUUUUUUCUCAUUAAAUAUUGCAUUGUACAAAUUAAUUCAUCAAGACUGUGAAUUCAGUUUAUGGUGGUUUUGUCUUUGUGGGCUAAAGUAAGUGUUUAUGGGCUCAAGAAAUAUUGAACUUUGUACACAGUAGGUCGACACUCGACAAUAGAAACCAUGUCAAAGAAAGGAGGAUGGCACAUGGAGUUGCCCAAAAACAGUUAACUGCAGCAAAAAAAGGGCACUCCUGCAAUCCAUUUGGCAUUCAGACAAAAGCAACAGACACUGGGGGAACAAAUUCAGGUUUUACAAGAGCAGGUAACUACCCCAACUCUCCUCUCAAAGCCAGGAUAAAAACUAGGGGCACAGUUUCCAACCGUGCAGUACCCAACUGCUUUGACUCACGGAACCACACUCUGCGCUCAUAUCUAAAAAUAUAACCUUCUUUCUCAAAUAUGUUUACAUACCGGUUAAGUUUUUUCCUUUAUAUGCUUUCUCAGUUUGCUAAACUUGCUGCUGCUGCCUGUACUUUCAAACACCUUGAUAGUUAAUCUCUCUUGGCUCAGGUCUUGCUACCUUUCCUAGGUUGCUCUUCACGCCCCCACACCUCUUUUUCCCCGCCUCUCCUCACUUCCACUCUUUCUCUGUGUUAAAAGUUAAAAGUUAGAGUUUUUACAGAAACCUCCAAAAGAUAAAGCAAUUGAAAACAGAACAAAACAAGAAACAAAAAGAAAACAAGGUUAAAAACUUUACUUUAAAUAAAUCCAGUAAAUUAAUUAUUUUAACCUUCAGGAAUGCAACAGUUGGAAUUAUUCCUAACUUUCUUGAAGAUAUGGUUGCCAAGCAACAGAAAUGCACACUCUGCUUCUAAUUCUAAUCACUCACUAAUAUUUGAAACAUGGGCUUUUCUUAUUUCCAUAUAGCAGAGUUUUAAAAUAAUGUUAAAUAUAAAGUAAUGCAAAAUCCCUUGUUACCAAAUUAAUAUAAUAAAUUGGGCAAAUAUUAAUAUAUUUUUAUCAAUUUUUGCUAAAAGUUUUAAAUAAGGUAAUAACUUGUUUAUUCAAAUGUUUAACCCUUUUAAUUUUUUGUUUUUGUUUGCCUUAUUUUGUAUAGUUAUUAAUAGAAUUCUGGUGCCAUUUGUUCUUAAUUGUACGUUUGUCCUGUAUGUCAUGUGCAUUGUCCUGUGUUGUAUGUUGUGUGUGUCACAUGACUAUUUUUUAUUAUUUUUAUUUUGUUGCAACAAAAGUCAAUUUUAUACCCUUUUAAAAAUAUAUGUUGGGGUAUAAUCAUAGUAGCAGUAACACCAAUUUUUUUGAUGCAAAGUUCAAAAAGGUUUCAGUUACAAAUAUAGGUACAUAUAUUUCUACCUCAACAAAUAAUUCAAUUGCAAACAAAAAGAAUUCUCUUUUAUCAAUCACAUUUUUUUUUAAAAUUUGUCAUUCAAAGAAAAAAUGUAAGGGGAAACCGCAACAUUAAGGUAAAGAUAAUAUUAACAAAAUGUCAAUUUCUUGUUUAGGCUUUUUAUAAACUUGUUUGCACUUUUGAAUAUAGUUAUAAGAAUGUGAUAGCAAAAAUGUUUAAAAAUAACAAUUUAUGCAUAAAGCUAACCAAACAAUUUCAACAGGUUUCCACCUUUGUCUUCCAAACACAACUAAGCAUCAUAAAAGUAUAAUACCCUCAAAGUAUUUGCAUGGACCUGUAUUUAAAAUUUAUUUUGGUUUAAUUUUAUAGUUGGUUUAAUUUUAUACGCUUUUCUUUUGCUACAUUAUGUUAAUGGGAAGCAGUGGUUGUUAGAGCUUAUGCUUCUAAACAGUUAACAAGAGUGAAACUGGUAUCACAAGCAAAUUAACUCUAAAAAGCUUGGUAAAAAUUAUGUUAUUGACUCUUUUGCUAACAUAGAAUGUUUAGCAAAAAAAAAAAGGCAAUACACCUUCUCACAGAAGAUUGUGAGCAUUUAUUUUAGCAGCUAAGCAUUACAUUUAGUAUAAAAUAUUAGUAAUGCACCUCAAAUGAAAAUGAAUGUCUAUACAACAACUGCAAAAGUAUAGCUAGUGUUAUAAAAGACUUGGUUUCUAUUACAUUGUAAACACUAAAUUAAUCUGUGUAUUAAAUUUGGGUUACUAAAAACAAGAGAAAUGUAAAAACAAACAACCAAAAAACUUAAGCUGUUGAAAGUUGCAUCCCACAGACCAAAGACACCAGAAGAUAUCGUACCACAAAGCCACCAGAAGAAACCCCCAAGCAUCAAGAAAAGAAAAAUGAAGUGCUGUAUAAAUAAGAGACUGGUCAAAUACACCUCUAUCUACCAUAUAUGGACAAUUAAGUUAACAAUCAGCUAAAAAACACUACUGGACCAGGAUAAACUGUCAUUUAAUUUCAACUUGGUUACUGUGUAGAAACAACUGUAUUAUUGCUGUACUACUGUAUUAUUGCUGUACAACAUUUAUAAUGUGCAUAACCUUGCUAAACUGUUUAACCAACA